AAGGUGACAUUAUGUAAUGCUAAUCGACAUGCUCGCCGCGAAAGAUCCCUCGGGAGCAUGAGCUGUGGACGUGUCAAAAGCUUUGUGAUAUUUCGGUUGACCCUCAAGAAGUCAUCAAGGAUGGUUGGAGGACGAUGCGACGCAGCUCGCCAUUUGAGAGCAAUGCUGCUGUAGAGCAUCGGGACUUUCUCCCAGAGGCAAGAAUUUGGACAUAAGGGCCUAAAAAUUGUCGGACACUUGAAGUUACUAGCGUAAGACGUUGGUUCAGAGAUGGGUAAUGGAAUAAAUAAGAUCCUGCCAGAUCUCUAUCUUGGCAACAUUAAAGAUGCACGAGACCGGGAGCUGCUGGCGCAGCACAACAUCACCCACAUCCUCUCCAUCCAUGACACAGCUGCACCCGUCCUGGAGGACAUGACCUAUCUCUGUAUACCCGCUGCUGACCACUCAAAGCAAAACCUGAUUCAGUACUUCAGAGAGAGCAUCGCGUUUAUCCAUGAGAGCCGGAUGAAAGGAGAGGGCUGCCUUGUUCACUGCGUGGCAGGAGUGUCCCGCAGCGUCACCCUGGUGGUGGCUUACAUCAUGACGGUGACCGGACGAGGGUGGGUGGAGUCCCUGGCGGCCAUCAGGGCCGCCCGGCCGUGCGCCGGUCCCAACCUGGGCUUCCUGCGGCAGCUGGAGGAGUUUGAAAACACAGAGCUGGCAGAGUAUCGAGCCUGGUGGACGGAGAAGUACAAGACGAGCUCCUUUAAUGACGACGAGGAGGUUCAGAAUCUUUUAAAGAGAAAAUCUGGCAACAGCGUCGGCAGCAGCUCUGCACCGAACAACGUUCCCACAGCUCUGGGAACGAGUCCCACCUGAAGGAAUGAUGGUCCGGCUCUCGCCUCCCUGACCCCCGAGAAUCUGAAGGCUGUCGGGAUCGAAUCAGCGGGAACAUUCAUCCGGCAGUUCCUGUGAAUCGAUGAUUGGUUUGUAGAACGGCCGGGGGAUUUCAUACCUCUGUUGUCAUGUCAUGUCGCGGCCUCUAACUGUCAAAACAACAUGCAAGGGCAGCCAAGCGUGAUCCCAAGGAAGUAUGUACAUGAACUCCUGAGUGCGAGCACACAUUUAGCAGCGUACACUCCCCCUGUCAGUUAUGUUAUGCUGUGUCUUGAACUUGAAUUUGAGUAUUAGUUUCUAUGUAGAGAGUAGAAACUAAAGAGCUACAUGUUUCCCAGUAAAAAAUAUCACAAGGUGUGUGUUUUUUUUUUUUUUUUAUGACUUGCACUAUUACUGAUACCCUUUGAAUUUAUUCGUAUUGUCUUAGGUUCAGCUGAGAGUGGCAUCUGCGUAAAAGCUACACAGGAUUGCAUAAGGCGUAGUUAAACCUCUGUCAAUGUCAAAUUUCUUCCAAGAGGAGCGUGUUUUCAAGCUUUGCAGAUGAAACCCGCUGAGUGAGUGAUGGGUUAAUUUCCAGCAGAUUCAUUCAGAUUUGGCUUAAGAAGCACAAUAGUGUUUUUGCUUUUUUUUUUUUUUUUUUUUUUUACUGUGCCUUAUAAAAGUAUCUGUAACCCCUUAAACCUUAGGAAUUUUUUUCUGUUAGGUUACACCCACAAUUUUUUUUUUCUUUUACUGAGACUCUGUUAUUGAUCAACACAUAGAAAUAGAGAAUUGUGAAGUGGAAGGAAAGACUAUGCAUGGAUCUUAUUUUUUUAUUUUAUUUUGUUUUUUUUAGAAAAGAAUCUAAGAAGUGUUGCAUACAUAUUUUUUCAUCCCUCCUGAGUCAUUACUUUGUAGAAGCACAUUUUGCUUCUUUCGGGUUAUAUCUCAGCCAGCUUUGAACAUCAGAAGACUGGGAUUAAAACCCAUUGUUCUUAGCAAAUUAGCUGAUCUUAUGUGGACUCUUGACUCUGAACAUCCAACAUUCAAGCCAUGCAACAGAUUCUGAUUUUUUUUUCUGGACUUUGACUAGGCCAUCCUAACAAUUUAACCAUCUUUAAUGUAAAACAUUCCAUUGUAGCUCCCACUGUCUGUUCCGGGCUGCGUCUCCGGUCUUAUGUGUUUCUGGAGCCUGGGACAGAUUUUCCUUCAGACAAACAAGAACUUCUUACAGCUCAACAAAGACCUUCUUGCAGAAAAGAAUAAUAGUUGUCCCAUCAACAGAUUUGCCUCCCAGGGCUCCUUCUCUGCUCUCCUUGUCCAGCCUGUCAGAUACGACUAUGUCUCAGAGGGUUUCCAUUUGAGCCAUGUUAUUUUCUAGUUCCAAGUGAUAAAUUAAUCAGUGCUCCAUGACGUGUUCAAAUCUUGGAAUAUUGGUUUAAAAUCUAACUCUGCAUUAAACUUCUCUGCAACUUUAACAUUGA